AUCACGUUUUUCCAUAAACCUCGUUGAUUAGCAACGAGCUGCACAGUACGUUUAAAAAUCACGUAAUACGCCUAAAUUAGUUAGGGUGUUACACACUACUCAAUAAAGCUAACCCUCUCAUCAACUUUAUCUAUUUAUUUAUAUUUUCCACUCUAAACAAAAACCAAAACCAUGUUACAAUUCUUUUUCACCUUUCUCUGCAAUCCCUUUGACUCUCUACAUCCCUUCCCCAAAGAAACCUCAACCUCUUUGUUGAAACCAUGGAAGAUGCUCUCAGAGAGUCCAAACCUUACACUGAUAGACUCUUCUCUAGAGCUCGCCGUGUAUGGUCAUGGAUCUUAUCUUGGGUUCUUUGUGGACCAAGAAGAAGAACAAGAUUUUAUGGUUUUUCCCCGGUGUUUUCAUGAUUCUGGUGUUGAUUUGUCCGUCCCCAACCACGAAGGAAGUGCCGUUUGUGCUAUGUUACUGUUAACAGUAUAAAAGUAAAUAUUUUAGGUCUGGACAGUAUAAAAGAAAAAAAAAAGGCUUGGACAGUAAAAAAGAAAUAAUUGCCGUGUGGCAGUAUUAUUGUAAAAUUUGGGAAAAAAACAGUAUUUUUGUAA